ACGAGUUCUUUCUCAAAUUCUUUCUUUGCAUAUAAGAAGUCAUUGAACGGACAGCCAUUCGGUGGGAACUACUAGCAAUCUCAACUAACUAGUAGUAGUAGUCUCUAUCUUGCAUGGAUUUCAUCGCCCAACUCAUCGCCUCCACAACGGCCACGGUCGCCGAUCUUAAGAAAUUCGUUGCAAGCUGUCAAGAGACAUUGGGAGGGAUAUCUAGCGAACCCGCGGAAUUACCACGGCGCCUUUCGAACGAGCUUCGCCAGUCAAAGCAGGUGGUAUUAGCCGAUAUUGUGGAACUACAGCGCUUAAUCAUGGGCCCCUCGGAUUUAAUUCAGCAGCUCGCAUGCCACGCCCAAAUACUGGCUUGCCUUCACUGGCUAUGUCACUUUCAAGUUCUGGCUUGCAUUCCGCUCCGCGAAAGCGCUUCGAGCAGAGACAUCGCGGACCUAGUCGGCGUCCCCGAGACUCAAUUGAGUCGGAUUGUACGCAUGACGGCGACCUAUGGUUUUCUGCGUGAGCCGGCGCCGGGCAAGGUCGCACACAGCGCAUUGUCGGCCGAAUUUGUCACGAACCCGUCACUCCUGGACGCUGUCGUGUUUCUGGCCAAUACGGCUGUACCUGCAGCCCUCCACAUGCCAGCCAGUACCCAGCAAUUCUGCGACUCCAGAUUCCCGUCGGAGACGGCCUAUAACCUGGCCAGCAACUCGCCCGUCCCUUUCAACACCGCGUGCGAACAGCGACCCAAGCUCCGGCGACAGUGGGCCGCCUUCAAGGAACACGGUACGACAAAUGUGGACGGGACCCUCGUGGGGCUGCUGCAGUCGUUACAAUGCGCCGAUCAACUCCUUGGCGAGGCUGGUGUCAUUGUGGAGAUUGGGGCUAGCUCAACAUCGGAAGCCGUCAUGAUCGCCAAUCAUUUUCCUUUACUCAAAGUCUUUGUGCAGGUGGAGGAUCAGGAAACCAAUCCGGUCUCUCAAGGCCGAUGGCCGAAGCCCCUCGGCCCGAGCUCAACGCCAGAACACGUGCAGCAACAAUGCCUUAUGGAUGGGCGGGUCUCUCUCCAACGGCGUACCAUGGGUACCCCCCAGCCGGUACGCGAUGCCACCGUAUACGUUUUCCACCUAAACGGGUUCGCAAACGGAGGUUUAGGCCCCACAGCUCUGGAGCGUAUCCAAAGCGAGCUCAAACAACUCGUGGACGUAUUGAGGAUGAACAGCACGGCAACCCUCGUCCUUACCUCCGGAUUGCUCCCGGACCUGGGCAGUGUAGGCGUCAGAGCGGAAGCUCGAGCUCGUUUGCGUGACAUGACGCUUUUCCAGCUCACGAACCAGCACGAUAAUGAGGUGGGCGAAAUCCUCGCAAUGUUGUCCACACUGAGCGACAUUACGGGCCGGCUGGUUCUGGUCAAUAAGAAUUGCUCGCCGAGAACUGGCGAUCUGGCACUAGAGCUCAAGUACCAGGCGUUUGCAUAAGAACGGAGUGGGUAUACUAGGCGGGGUGCUUCGCAGAGAGACCAAUAACAAGAAAAUGUUGCCGCC